UUCCCGUCCGUUUUGGUUGACUUCGUAUAUUUUACGUGUUUAUAAAAACACGUAAUGACAUUUCAUUUGAUUUGUGAACGACACAAGUGAUAAUACCUUAAUUUUCUUUGACAAAAAAGAGCACUGACGGGUUCGUAGGUGGUGGACCUCAACACUUCAGAGUAACCUGAGCACCAGUCUCCAGCAAAAGAGCCUUUCGUUUGGGAGCCGAACCGAUCCAACGAAGCCAUGGGGAACCGGGGGAUGGAAGAUUUGAUCCCCCUUAUCAACAAACUUCAGGAUGCUUUCAGUACCAUCGGCCAGAGCUGCAACUUAGACCUGCCUCAAAUUGCUGUAGUCGGUGGACAGAGCGCUGGGAAAAGCUCUGUCUUGGAAAAUUUUGUUGGCAGGGACUUUCUUCCGCGCGGGUCAGGCAUCGUCACCCGGCGACCCCUCAUCCUGCAGCUGGUCAACAACAAAGCCGAAUAUGCCGAGUUCCUGCACUGUAAAGGGAAGAAGUUUGUGGACUUUGACGAGGUGCGGAGUGAGAUUGAGGCGGAGACGGAGAGGAUCACAGGCUCCAAUAAGGGCAUCUCUCCCAUCCCCAUCAACCUGAGGGUCUACUCCCCAAAUGUGCUCAACCUGACACUGAUCGACCUGCCGGGGAUGACCAAGGUGGCCGUUGGGGACCAGCCUGUGGACAUCGAGCACCAGAUCAGGGACAUGCUGCUGCAGUUCAUCACCAAGGAGAGCUGCCUCAUCCUGGCCGUCACGCCAGCCAACACCGAUCUGGCCAACUCCGACGCCCUCAAGAUCGCCAAGGAGGUGGACCCGCAGGGGCUGCGCACCAUCGGCGUGAUCACCAAACUGGACCUGAUGGACGAGGGGACGGACGCCAAGGACAUCCUGGAGAACAAGCUGCUGCCGCUGCGUCGAGGCUACAUCGGCGUGGUGAACCGCAGUCAGAAGGACAUCGACGGGAAGAAGGACAUCCGCGUGGCCCUGGCGUCCGAGAGGAAGUUCUUCCUGUCCCACCCGGCCUACAGGCACAUGGCCGAGCGCAUGGGCACCUCGCACCUGCAGAAAGCCCUCAACCAGCAACUGACCAACCACAUCAGGGACACCCUGCCGGGGCUCCGCAGCAAGCUGCAGAGCCAGCUCCUCUCCCUGGAGAAGGAGGUGGAGGAGUACAAGAACUUCCGCCCCGACGACCCCACGCGCAAGACCAAGGCCCUGCUGCAGAUGGUGCAGCAGUUCGGGGUGGACUUUGAGAAGUGCAUCGAGGGCUCCGGAGACCAGGUGGACACCAACGAGCUGUCGGGAGGCGCCAAGAUCAACCGCAUCUUCCACGAGCGCUUCCCCUUCGAGCUGGUCAAGAUUGUCUUUGACGAGAAGGAGCUGAGGAGAGAGAUCAGCCACGCCAUUAAGAACGUCCACGGUGUCAGAACGGGCUUGUUCACCCCAGACCUGGCCUUCGAGGCCAUAGUGAAAAGGCAGAUCCUCAAACUGAAAGAGCCCAGCCUGAAAUGCGUGGACCUAGUGGUGUCCGAGCUCACCGCGCUCGUCAUGAAGUGUGCCGUCAAGUUGAACUCUUACCCCAGACUGAGAGAGGAGACUGAGAGAAUUGUCACCACCUACGUCAGAGAGAGGGAGGGCAAGACCAAGGACCAGGUCCUGCUGCUGAUCGACAUCGAGCUGUCCUACAUCAACACCAACCACGAGGACUUCAUCGGCUUUGCCAAUCUAGACUUCAGGAGGAUGGAUCAUGAUGGUAGCCCCCCGGGGCACAGCAACAACAGCGCACAGCAGAGGAACACCGCCACUAACAAGAAGAGAGCCAUUCCCAACCAGCCAGGCGGACUGAGAGAGGCUGAGGCGGAGAAGGUGAUCCGCAAAGGCUGGCUCACCCUCAACAUCAGCAUCAUGAAGGGCGGGUCCAAAGAGUACUGGUUCGUCCUGACGGCAGAGUCCCUCUCCUGGUACAAAGACGAGGAGGAGAAAGAAAAGAAGUACAUGCUGCCCUUGGACAACCUGAAGCUGAGAGAUGUGGAGAAAGGCUUCAUGUCCACAAAACACAUCUUUGGCAUUUUCAAUACAGAGCAGAGGAAUGUGUAUAAGGACCUGCGCCAGGUGGAGCUGGCCUGUGACUCCCAGGAGGACGUAGACAGCUGGAAGGCCUCCUUCCUCAGGGCUGGAGUCUACCCUGAGAAGGACCAGGUGGAAAACGAGGACGCCACCCCAGCAGACACCUUCUCCAUGGACCCCCAGCUGGAGCGCCAGGUGGAGACCAUCCGUAACCUGGUGGACUCGUACAGCGGCAUCGUCAACAAGUCCAUCAGGGACCUCAUGCCCAAGACCAUCAUGCACCUCAUGAUCAACAGCGCCAAGGACUUCAUCCACUCCGAGCUGCUGGCCUACCUGUACUCGUCCGGCGACCAGAACAGCCUGAUGGAGGAGUCGGUGGACCAGGCCCAGCGCCGGGACGAGCUGCUGCGCAUGUACCACGCCCUCAAGGAGGCGCUGCACAUCAUCGGAGACAUCAGCACCACCACCAUCUCCACGCCCGUGCCCCCGCCCGUCAACGACGGCCGGAUGCCGGAGGCCAGCCCCACCCCUCAGCGCAGGCCGGCCGCAGCAGCCCCUCCCCCCAGCCGUCCGCCCGGCGUGCGAGGCCAAACCCCGGGGCCGCCCUUAAACCCCUCUCCUGCGUUCGGGGCUCCUCCCAUCCCCUCUCGCCCCGGCCCACCUAUGAAUGCCUUUAACAGCAACAGCGGCCUGGACCCCUUCAGCGCCCCCCCUCUGAUCCCCUCUCGGCCAGCCCGUAUCCCCCCUGGUGUUCCCAGCAGAAGACCACCAGGCGCACCUCAACGGCCCACCAUUAUCCGCCCCGCCGAACCCUCCCUGCUAGACUAGAACCAAGCCCAGGCCCACCUACGUGUGUGUUUGUGUUUUGUUUCAGCACUGGGGCCGAGAAGGGGGGGGGGGGGGGGGGGGGGCGGGGGGGACGAGUCCAGCCUUACUUUCACGUCGUCGACUCAACUGUUGUCAAGCUGCUUAAUUCUCUCUCCAAUCUCAGACCCGUGUCGGCCACUCCCCCUCGUGCUAAACAAGUACAGAAACCUUAACAUCUCAAGUAUUUCGAAGCGGGUUUGAGAUUGGGAUGGGACUGGUGUGGGUAUGCCUUCGCUGCUGUCUCAUGUUGGGCCAGCAGGGAGCAGCCUAGCAGAGGGUUGUCUAGGUCCGGAGAGCUGUGGUAACCUGCCUCUCGACAAUGAUCUGUCAGGACCUAUUGCCCUGGAUAAACCCCACGGUUCAUUUCGGGUUUGACGAAAGUUCAUCGCGGCUUCUGUUGAAGUCGUAAAUCCCCCCCCCCCCCAAAAAAAAGGCUGUCUGUCCUCUCCCCCUCCCCCCCGGCGUGCCUUAGUGACUGAACCUAGACCUCUGUGAGAUAUAAAACACACUCAUUCUGUUGUUCAUUUGUUCUUGGUUUCAUACUGAAAGGAAAAAAAAAAACAAUAGGUUAUUAUUGCUGUUAUUAUGAUGAUGAUGGUGGUGUUGAUGUUAAUUACUUUGUGUCAUGUUAUUUUUAUUUCAGUGUCCGUUUAACGACCCCCCCCCCCCUAUCCAUAGCUUCCAAGCAGCUCUCUAACCCCACCAGAAAGAGGCACAUAGAGACUAUUUAGCAGGGCUACUAAUGACAAACUCGGUAGCUUUUGUCCGUUAUCAAAAUAUCCUGCCAUGAUAAG